AUCGUGUUCAAAUGAAAUGCCUGUGCAUGUCAUUGGUCACUCCCAAUGGAAUCCUUUUUGCAGAAUGCUUCUUCAGUUUUCUUCAAUUCAUCACUUCCUACCACGCCUAAAGUUUCCCAUUACCAGGUUCGCUUUUCCGUCCCAUAUAAUCACAAACCCAGAGCCAGAAGGACUUUCAUCUUGAGCAUGGCACACACCCCAGCUGUUGAGCAACACAGGGUGAUAAUACCCAACAAGCACGGUGAGAAUCUAGUGGGCAUAUUACAUGAAUCUGGAAGCAGGGAGAUUGUAAUCUUGUGCCAUGGUUUUCGCUCUUCAAAACAAACAAAUACCUUAGUGAAUCUUGCUGCUGCUUUGGAAAAUGCCAGAUUGAGUUCUUUCCGCUUUGACUUUUCUGGAAAUGGGGAAAGUGAUGGCUCCUUUCAGUAUGGUUACUAUUGGAGGGAGGCUGAAGAUUUACGUGCUGUAAUUCAACAUUUUCAUGAAUCAAACCGUGGAGUUAGUGCCAUUGUUGGGCACAGUAAAGGAGGUGGCGUGGUGCUUCUUUAUGCUUCUAAAUAUCAUGACAUUAAAACAGUUGUCAACCUAUCUGGACGCUAUGAUCUAAAGGCAGGAAUUGAAGAACGCCUCGGAAAAGAUCACUUAGAAAGAAUUAAGAAGGAUGGUUUCAUUGAUGUGGAGAGAUCAGGAAAUUUUGAGUACCGUGUGACAUUGGAAAGUUUGAUGGAUCGCUUAGAGACAAAUAUGCAUGAAGCUUGUCUUCAGAUUGAUAAAGAAUGCAGGGUCCUAACUGUUCAUGGUUCUUCGGACAAAGUUGUCCCUGCUGAAGAUGCAUCUAAAUUUGCCAAGAUUAUACCAAACCACAAGCUACAUAUAAUAGAAGGAGCUGAUCAUUCAUUCACUGGUCAUCGAGAUGAAUUAGCAUCUGUUGUUGUGAACUUCAUAAAGGAAACCCUGCACCAGGAUAGGGGUACUGCUAGCUAGGUAUUUUUGUCUUUGCUAGAAGCAUUUGAACUUACCUUUUUCUUGCAGUUUCAAGCCAGUUGAAUUUACUACUGAUGACAAAUUUUUUCACAUGGAUGAAUCUGCCUAUAAUGUUCUACAAUAUAUAUUAGCCUUCUAACUUUUGGUUAUUAAAUCAGUGAACUUGCAUCAGAGUGAAAAUAAUGGCAAGACCAAUGUCUGUCCUUGUUAUCUACAUGAUCAGAUGUACUGGGUUAUUUUGACAUUAUCAAUUAUGACGAUGCAAAUUUGGAUUUGAACUUA